CUCGGUCGCCAUGUGACCCUGCUCCCUUUCCCUGUCCUCCCGUUGGCCCAGCUUGGCUGGCCUCCCUCCCUCCCUCUACGCCUCUCCGGCCCCCGGCUGAGGACCCAGAGCCCCCGCCCCGUCCGCGUCCACCUCCCGGGACAGCGGAGGCGUGUCUGAGCUGCGCUUGGAGUCAGCCGUCCAGCGCCAGGCUGGGCCGGGCCGGGCAUGGAGAGGAACAGGGUGUUCGUGGUGCUCGACGUGGUGUGCCUUGUGGUCGCUUCUUUGCCCCUUAUCAUCCUGACGCUGGUGAACUCUCCGUACAAGAGAGGCUUCUAUUGCAGUGAUGACACCAUCCGAUACCCGUACCGCCCUGACACCAUCACCCAUGGCCUCCUGGCUGGUGUUACCAUCACUGUCAGCGUCAUCAUUGUCUCAUCUGGGGAGGCCUACCUUGUCUACACAGAGCGUCUCUACUCCCGAUCAGACUUCAACAACUACGUGGCUGCCCUCUACAAGGUCUUGGGCACCUACCUCUUUGGGGCAAGUGUGAGCCAGUCCUUGACUGACCUAGCCAAGUACAUGAUUGGCCGCCUUCGCCCCAACUUCCUAGCGGUCUGUGAUCCAGACUGGUCUCGGGUCAACUGCUCUGGCUAUGUCCAGCCUGAGGCUGUGUGCCGGGGAAGCCCUGCAAAUGUCACUGAGUCCAGGUUGUCCUUCUAUUCUGGCCACUCCUCCUUUGGCAUGUACUGCAUGGUCUUCCUUGUGUUGUAUGUGCAGGCCCGUCUUUGCUGGCGGUGGGCACGGCUCCUGAGACCCACCAUCCAGUUCUUCUUGGUGGCCUUUGCCCUCUAUGUGGGAUAUACUCGAGUGGCUGACUACAAACACCAUUGGAGUGACGUGCUGACUGGUCUCCUGCAGGGGGCACUCGUCGCUGGGCUCACGGUACGAUAUGUCUCAGACUUCUUCAAGGUUCGCCCCCCUAAGCCCCCCCCAAAUGAGGAGUUGGAGCGGAAGCCCAGCCUGGCGCUGGCCCUGAGCCUCCCUGAGGGCGACCGGAAUCAUUUCAGCUAUGUGGGAGCCUCCUGAGCUGCGCCCCCACCCUCCCUCUCCUCUUGGAUGGACAUCCCCUGCCCCUGGUCCUGGCUCAGUGCUCCUCAGACUGGUCCCCUUUGCUUCGUGUCCCUGGGCUUGGUCCUUCUAGUUAGGGGGAGGCUGCUUUAGGGAGCUGUGGAUGGGGGGACCUUGUCCUCCAUUUCCCAUUUGGCAGAUCCUUCAGUGGAAGCAGGAAGCCAGGCUAGUGUCUGCUGUCUCUAGAAAUGCCAGCAUCUUCCCCUUUGCUGGGGAGGGGCUGAGAGUGGGGUCUAUAUCUUUGCUAUUUUUGUAAUGUAACUUACAUUGGAGUUUUUAUUGAAUUAGAACAACUCUGGGGGUGUCAA